AUGGCGGGUCCAUCACCAGCCGGCCACGGCGGCCAUCCAGUCCACGUACAUCCUGCAAGACCUCUCUACAGGUUCGCCGCAACCGGCUUAGGAGCAGCAAUGUGGUUCUUCCUUAUGUACCGAGCGCGCUACGACGGUCCGGUAUUACUCGGCUGGAGACACCCUUGGGAGCAUUGA